CCACAACAACAUAGGAUUGAGAAAGCUCUGAUUUAAAAAUGUGUACCUUCACAUCUUCACUAUAAAGCAGCAGAAAUAUCAUUAUCCCUGUUUUGGUAGAGGACAUUCCUUGGAUUAUAAAGCACAUAGGGUGCAAUGGCAGAUCCCAUCCACUGGACCCGUUAUCGUUGGCAGCAACUGAUGUCUACAGAAAGCAGAGAAGGUGGCAGCAAUUCAAGUAACAAGUGCUAUCAAGCAAAAAAAACUAUUGGCAAACAUAGGAUAGUGAUACCCUGCUUGGGACAUUUUAAGGAAGAGUAUGAAAAGGUAUCAAAACUGUAUAUGAACAACAAAAUACGGACUACUAAAUAUACUUUACUGAAUUUUAUACCACGCAAUUUAUUUGAACAAUUUCACAGAGUUGCCAAUUUGUAUUUCCUAUUUCUGGUUGUUUUAAACUGGGUUCCCCUGGUGGAGGCUUUCCAAAAAGAAAUUACAAUGCUACCUCUGAUAGCAGUUUUAACAAUAAUCGCCCUGAAGGAUGGUCUGGAAGACUACUCAAAAUAUAAAAUGGAUAAACAGAUAAACAACUUACUAACCAAAGUGUAUAGCCGAAAAGAGAAGAAAUACAUAGAUGAACACUGGAAAAAUGUCAGUGUUGGAGACUUCAUCCGGCUUUCAUGUAAUGAAAUUAUUCCUGCUGACAUGGUGCUGUUAUAUUCCAGUGACCUGGAUGGGAUCUGUUACAUUGAAACUGCAGGUCUUGAUGGAGAAACCAAUCUAAAACAGAGGCAGGUGGUGAGAGGAUAUUCAGAGCAGGUGAUAAUUGUGCAUUUCCAGUGGUUUAAGAAAGUUGAUGUGACAGUCAACAAUAAAAACCUUAGUCCUCUAUAUUGCCUACUAUUCAGCAAUCCCCAUCUAAAAAUAUAAUAAAUAGACGAUAUAGUUUUAAUUUUAUUUGUUGUUAUUUUGGAGCAAAUCUUUGUCAGCUCACUCAACUCAGAGAAAGAGAGCUCUAUCUCAAGUGAAGUAAAACUAACUUUUCAAGUAAAUGUCCAGUCGUCAUGUAUAACACAUAGCAUUUAGUGCUCUGAAAUUAGAAUUUUUUUUUGAAGGGAGUUCAGUGCCACAUAAAAACAGAAAGAGGAAUAGAUGUCUUCUUUUUCAUUGUAUUUUCAAAUGUAUUUUUAGCUCCAAAUUUAGACCUUCAAGGAUUUAAAAGUCUUUGGAACUCUUACGAUUUUUUAAAUCUAUACCUGUCAAGACUGAACAUCACCAGGUCUUAUAAUUUUCACAGUGGUGGUCAGAAAUUAGUGCAGUCUUCAGCACACCUGGUAACUGAGUGCUGAUAUGGAAGCACUGCAUUGACAACAUCACCAGGGAGAUUCAGUGUUGUCCGUAAGAAUGUGCUGUUAACAGACUGGAGAUAAAAUUACCUGAACUGCCUCUGAAUUGUCAUGGGGAGGUGCGAAGGAGUUCAUUUAGAUUUUUUGGUUACUUAAGAAGCAGGGUAAUAUCAAAUGCAUGAUCUGUUAAGAAAGCUGGCUUUCUUUCUCCUGUUCUUUUUUUCUCAGUUUUAGAAUGAGAUAGUCAUGCUGUCCCAAAAAGUGACAAUUUCUUCACCAUAAAAGACUGUUCGUUUUUGUCCUCCAAGGGAAAAAGAAAGGCCAUCAUGGUGUCUAGUCACAGUUUCUGAUUGUAUAUUAGUUAACUUCACAGACCUCUGGUGUCCUGGCAGUUCAGUUCCAGACAGAGGCUUUGUCCUCUCAAACUCAGGCUGAAUAAGACUGUGGGAGUUCUGUGUAUGUAAACAGAGUAUAACUGUCUCACCUCUUAGUUUCUCAAGCUCGAAAAAAUAGAAACAACAUAAAUCAAAUUAAAAAACAUUUGAAGACAAAGUCUAAAAAGUUGUAACAUAAUGUAAAAAUAUUAUGUUCUGCAUUUCUAUGACUGAAUAAACACAAACACGAAUGUCAUCAUUAGGGCACUUGUUAUUGCCUUUGGGAUUCCUUUGGGAAGGCAAGGCAACAUUUGGGCCUAAAAGAGGAGCUGAAACUCUCGUAGCUAAUUUUUGUAAACUUAGAAUACCGUAAUUUAUUCUUUUUUUUCUGUAUGUACCUCAGUGACCACAGGAAAGAAAUUAAGGAAGUUCUGCAAGAGGCUUAUAAACAACAACUAGCAACAGACAACAAGGCAUAGAAGAGUGUUUCCGACCAUCUUCGCUUUCCUAGAGAAAUAGACAAAAAAUUGAGGACUUUUUCCCUAAGGAUAACAAAUUUUUUAAUGAACAAACUGACACUGCUUUGCUGCUUUUAAUUCACUCCAUUAAGAAGGAAUUAAUUUCCUUUUCCCUCACACCUUUUAUGAUUAGCUCAACCAGACAUUUAUUAGUAUGAAGAAGCUGAUAAACCAUUAGCACUAAAUCAGUGUGAGCAGUGGUUCUGCUUACGUUGUAGGAACGGUCACAGGACUGCAUCGUUCAGUUCCUUCCCAGCCUUUCAUGGCCAAUGACUGAAUUCUAUAUAUGUGCAGUAUCCUCAUAUUUAACAGAGGGGAAAGUGCUGUCAUUUUCUUCCAGGCAGCCCAGGAGUCCAAUUUGAUAAAAGGAUUUGCCAGCUUUCCAUUUCUGCUUUGGCUAUACACCGCAUUCCUAUAUUGUAUUAUCAAACCAUAUAUCAAACCAAUGUUCCACAGCCAAAGCAGCAAGUGUUCCUAAGAUACCAGUAUCUCAGCUGAUACUUGCUAGGGUUUGAUAUUUACUAGGAAAUCCUGUAUAAGUCUGAUUUACAUAGGUUGCAUGUAGACCAUCAACAUCAUUAGCAACUUUAAAUGUUGAGUUAAAUAGUUUGACAGUGAUAUCUACACCUACAAAUGUAUGAAGUUUCCAGGUUCUAUCAUAUUUGG